GUACCGCUUGGCGGUGCGGCCUGGUGUCGGCUUGCAGGUUCUUUCUGUGUUUGUUCUCUGCCCUGCCAAGGCCGUAGAGCUGGUGCGUGCGGGUAGCGGGGCUCUCCGAGGAGCCGCAGGCCGGCGGCACCAUGGUCCACCUCACUACUCUCCUCUGCAAGGCCUACCGUGGGGGCCACUUAACCAUCCGCCUUGCCCUGGGUGGCUGCACCAAUCGGCCCUUCUACCGCAUUGUGGCUGCUCACAACAAGUGUCCCAGGGAUGGCCGUUUCGUAGAGCAGCUGGGCUCCUAUGAUCCAUUGCCCAACAGUCAUGGAGAAAAACUCGUUGCCCUCAACCUAGACAGGAUCCGUCAUUGGAUUGGCUGCGGGGCCCACCUCUCUAAGCCUAUGGAAAAGCUUCUGGGUCUUGCUGGCUUUUUCCCUCUGCAUCCUAUGAUGAUCACAAAUGCUGAGAGACUGCGAAGGAAACGGGCACGUGAAGUCCUGUUAGCUUCUCAGAAAACAGAUGCAGAAGCUACAGAUACAGAGGCUACAGAAACAUAAAUGAGCUGACUUCAGUGAGCAUAGCAGUGGGAACAAGGUCAAGGUCCUUUUGAAACACUGCAGCGAUCUUAAUUUUGUUAGAUUUGGAGUUCAAUAAAUGGAGUAUCCUGA